AUGGUGGUGAGACAACGCGAUCAUCUUUAUAAUCAUAUUGAUGUUAAGACUGGUGUGACAAGAUCAAGGGAGGAAUUCCGUUUCACUGGUAUAUACAAUUUCGCUCAUCCAAGUGACAGGUUCCCAACAUGGAAUCUACUGAGAUCCUUGGCUGCACAAUCUUCUCCCCCAUGGUUGGUAGCAGGUGAUUUCAAUGAGAUCCUUUCAAAUGCAGAGAAGUCUGGUGGCCCUAGGAAGGCAGCUGCUCCUUUGGUGUGUUUUAGGCAAGCUCUAGUAGACUGUGCGUUGGUUUAUAUGAAAUUCUCAAGACCACGGUUCACCUGGGCCAACCGCUUCACCAAGGAACGUUUGGAUCGUGCUUGUCACACUUCUUCAUGGAGAGAUAGAUUUCCGAAUUCAAGGGUUGUUACUCUGCCUUUGAGUAAGUCUGACCAUAAUCCCCUCCUCGUUGUGAUCAGGUCCUCUAGGGCUUUCUAUAGUCGAGCACCUAAACGUUUCCGUUUUAAGGAAAUGUGGUCACAACACAAGGACUGUGUAUCUGUUAUUAAGAAAGGGUGCAUGACCCCUUCAAUAGGGAACCCUAUGCUCCAGGUUGGGUUGAAAAUUCAUAGCACUGGCCGGUUGCUUUCUUCUUGGGAGGAAGGAGUUUUUAAGCAGCGUCAUGUGGUGAUGAAAUUGAUCCAGGCUAAUCUUGACCAAUUGAUGGGGCUGCCCUAUGAGCCGGACCAAUGGGAUGAGCAGAAAGCUUUGCAGCAUCGGUUUAAUGAGUUACUUUCUUUGAAUGAAACAUAUUGGCGUCAACGAUCAAGAGUUCUCUGGUUAAAAGAUGGGGAUCGGAACACUAUUUUUUUUCACAGGAGAGCUUCUAAUAGAAAAAGUAGAAACUCUAUUAUUGGUUUAUUAGAUCCAGAGGAUGAUGAGAUUAAAAAAGCUUUGUUCCAGAUGCAUCUGUCUAAAUCUCCUGGCCCGGAUGGUAUGUCUCCUCAUUUCUUCCAAAGAUAUUGGUCUAUUGUGCAUAAUGAUGUUUGCCUAGUAGUCCGUACGGUGUUAGAAACUAGGCAUCUUCCUAUGGAAUCCAACUUUACUCACUUGGUUCUGAUCCCUAAAGUGAAGGAACCGAAAGUCGCUUCUGAUUUGCGGCCUAUUGCUUUAUGUAAUGUGGUGUAUAAAAUUACUUCUAAAGUUCUAACUAACAGACUGAAAGUGAUCUUACCUCAUAUUAUAUCACCUUUGCAGAGUGCUUUUGUUCCAGGUAGACUCAUCUCAAACAACACACUUGUGGCCUUUGAGAUUAAUCAUUUUAUGAAAAAGUUGUGUGAUCAGUUGGACGGCUUUUUUUCCUUAAAGCUUGAUAUAAGCAAAGCUUACGACAGACUUGAAUUGGACUUUCUGGAAGCUAUUUUGAGGAAGCUAGGGUUCUGUAACAGAUGGAUUGAUAUUGUUCUCUGCUCAGUGAAAUCUAUUAGCUACUCCUUUAUUAUUAAUGGGGAACCUACUGGUUUCAUAACCCCAACUAGGGGCAUCAGGCAAGGAGACCCUCUUUCUCCUUAUUUAUUUAUCUUGUGUGCUGAAGGUCUUUCUUCUCUGAUUUCAAAGUCUGUAGAGCAAGGCUUCCCCAAAGGCCUCAAGAUGAGUCCAUCUGCUCCGAUUAUAUAUCAUCUUCUAUUUGCAGACGAUAACUUCUUGUUUGGGGAAGCUACUGAAGCUGAUUGCACUCGUGUUCUUGAUAUUUAUGCCAGAGCAUCCGGACAACAGAUCAAUUUGCAGAAAAGUAGUGUGAUGUUCAGCUUUAAUGUGAGUAUGGAGACCCAAUCUCACUUGACUUCCCUUCUGGAGGUGCAGUGUGCGCAGGAUCAUGGCUAG